AUGAUAGCAGACACAGCAGCAUCGACUCUGUUCCCCGAACAUGACUGGCUCGUUUUCAAGGGAAUCGGCUUUUCCGAGUCGCAGGUGUUUCCGGCGGCUUCACGCGACUCCGUCAUCUCGCAGUCCGCCGCGGCGCUCGCGGCGGGAAUCGCGGCGGAGAUGGCGGCGGCGACGGGAGCGGAGAUGCUAACCGGGUCCUGCGGGUUCCACCGAUUGCGGAUGCGGCGGUACGUGGACGGGGGCGCGCCGGACGCGCCGGAUGCGGCGGCGGAUGCGGCAGCGGCGGUGCCGGAAGGCGGAGACGAGUGCUCGGGCUGCCGCUCGCUGGGGGACUUUCCGCUGGCGGCGUUGCCGGCCGCGCCGGCGGCGGACUUUCCGCGGAGGUCCUUGGGCAUUGCGCCGGUUUCCGCGUGGUUGUGCGCGCCCGAGUACUGCGUGCGUGAGUUGAGCGGAUGGUCGGGAUUCACGUCGACGACCUUCUUCGCGACGCACGGCACGGCCGCCUUGGACCACGCGCACUUGUAG